CUAAAAAUGCCACUUUUUGGCUGGCUGAAGCGGCCAAAAAAUGACUCCUACAAGCCCACACACUGUCCUGGCUCAGACGUGGUGACAAAGACUCUGCUUCGUGAAUUAAAAUGGCAUCUAAAGGAGAGAGAGAGAUUAAUACAAGAGAUUGAAAAUGAACAAAAAGUGAAAAAAACAGGUGUGGAUUACAACUGGCUGAGAAACUACCAGAAUCCCCAUACAACUAUCCCAGCUACUGAACAAAAACAACUUGAAGUUCUUUGCUCACAAGUUCAACCUUGCCACGCUGGAACUAUUCUCAGCAGAUUUCGAGAAGUUUUGGCAGAAAAUGAUGUCUUGCCAUGGGAAAUAGUCUACAUCUUCAAGCAAGUUCUGAAAGACUUCCUAAGUAAUACUGACAAAGGAAGUCAGCGAGAGGGCCUGGACAAUUUGUGGAAUGUAAACUGUUCUGUUCAUUCUGGAGGCCCAGGGGAAAGUUUCAAGAGUUCAGACAAAGACGAAAUACCCACUAUUUCAAGUUAUGUAGACAGAAACACAAAGAACAGGUUCCCCACAUACUCACACAGAAUAUGGAACCUACCAUAUUACCAUCCAUCAAGUUAA